AUGGGCUCCUCCGAAGAAAUCCCGCCCAAAGCCGUGGACAUCUAUCGGGACACAUGGGUUCGCUUCUUGGGCUACGCCAACGAGGUGGGAGAGGCGUUCCGGGCCCUGGUCCCUGUGAGCCUGGUCUGGGGUACCUAUGCUGUGGCUACGUGUUACGUCACUGCUGAUGCCAUCGACAAAGGGAAGAAAGCAGCUGAGGAGUUCGGGGACAAACCUGGGAGGACGACCCGUGUGGCGGCUGCGGUGGUGGACACGUUUGUGUGGCAGGCCCUGGCCUCGGUUCUAAUCCCCGGCUUCACCAUCAACAGAGUCUGUGCCGGGUCUUUGUAUGUUCUCGGCAAAACCACCAAGUUACCACUGCCCGUCCGCAAAUGGACCACCACCGCCAUCGGACUGUCCACCAUCCCCUUCAUCAUCUCCCCCAUCGACAGGUCUGUGGAUUUGCUGCUGGACUCGAGUCUCAGGAAACUCUACGCCGAUGAUGAUGCAGUGAGUGGACACAGCUGCAUCCAGUUCAGUGAUGAAGAGGAGACUAAAACCAGAGAGGAAGACCUGGGACUGUUCAGACUGAGAGCAGAGAUGGUCUCCUCUGGGCUGGUCGUGUUGGCGCUGGUGGCUGUAGCAUGUGGACAACCAGGAACUGCUAAAUACAAUCUGAAGGUCCAGGACUGUGGGGCCCGGGGGCGGCGGGGUCCAGGACUGUGGGGCCCGGGGGCGGCGGGGUCCAGGACUGUGGGGCCCGGGGGCAGCGGGUCCAGGACUGUGGGGCCCGGGGGCGGAAUGACCGUUGAAGAAACCAUUCAGGAGUUUGCUGAAUCGACAAACGAAGGGGCCACACUGGUCCUGGUGUCAGAAGACCUCCCCGUGUGGCCUGAGCAGUACUCUGAGAUGGUGGGGGUCCCUGAGGAUGAGACCGCCCCCCCUGGACCCCCUGUUGCCCCUGGACCCCACGCCACUAAAGAAGGUAUAAUAGUGACAAACUGGUGUUUAAAGGUGACAGAAGUACCUGCUUCAGUCCUGGAGCCUUGA